AUGCGUUGCAGCUUCAAUGGCACUCUGCUGAUCAAUGUCCUCCCUCCUCUGCUGAUGACAGAGUUUGUCCUGGGAGUUCUUGGUAAUGGUUUGGCUCUGUGGAUCUUCUGCUUCCACCUGAGGCCCUGGAAAAGCAGCACAGUGUUGCUCUUCAACCUGGCAAUGGCUGAUUUUCUGCUCAAUAUUGUUUUACCUCUCCGUGCCAGCUACUACUACGCCGGGAUCAAUUGGAAGUUUGGAAACGCCCUCUGUAACAUCUGCCUCUUCAUGCUGGCCCUGAAUCGCAGUGGAAGCACCUUCUUCCUGAUGGCCAUCGCUGUGGACAGGUACAUGCGUGUGGUGCAUCCCCACCAUCCCAUCAACUCUCUGAGCGUCUCUAAAGCCAUAAUCGGAGCACUCGGGCUGUGGUUGGUCACCGCUUCAAUGACUGUUCAUGUCUUCACUUUGUCACACGUCAACACAACGUACUGUGAGAGCUUCAUGAUUGAGACCAAGACCAAGGGUAAUCUUUCUUGGCAUAAGUUUGCAUUUCUCUUUUCCUUCUACAUGCCUCUGCUGGUCAUCCUCUACUGCACAUUCUGCAUCGUUCGCUACCUGAAAGGGAGGCAGCUGGCCCAGCAUGCCAAGAUCAAGAAGGCCUUGUACUUCAUCAUAGUCGUGGUAGUGCUCUUCAUCAUUUGCUUCCUCCCAAGCAACUUCACACAGCUGAUGAUCUGGAUCAAGUCCUAUAAAUUAGCCGGUUCCUCUAACAUGUGUUCUGAAAUGGAAAACCUUACCAUUGUAUUUUACAUCACCAUUAGCCUGACCUACCUCAACAGCGUGUUGGAUCCUGUGGUCUACUACUUCUCCAGCCCCGUCUUUAAGAGCAUCUGCAGGAAGGCUCUUCAUCUGCCUGAAACAGAAAAUGCUGAGAGUACAGAGAAGAAAACCCGGGAAACGGGCUCCCAGUCGAUCAGCCAGCUGUGA